AACGACUCAGAUAUCAGUCAUUACGUCGCUGGAAAUAGUUGGGUGCGCGACAUGCAGACCCGGGUCAUGAUUCUGCUCUCCUCGUGGCUGCUGCUGCUAGCCUCGGUCGCCGGCAGGAUACCUCACGGGGCGCGACGAUACCACCAGAGCCCGGACUACCCCAAUCACAUCGGUGGCGCAGAUAUGAACGCGCUGUCGAUGCAAUGCAGCCACAAAACCCUGCCUGGCGACCCGCAGACCUACUACUGCUGCCCGCUAUCUUCUAGUCCGCCGAACGAUCCUAGGGGUCUCGUGAUGGUGCGCUGCGGGGUGAAGAACUUCCCCUACGACCCGGUGGACUACUACUGCUGCGCCACCAGCAUCUCCGCGGACCUGGGCGGCCAGCAGGGCUCGCGGCUUCUUCCCCCGGCGCCCGCCCCCGUCCCUCCGGCAGUGACCGUGCCCCCGCCACCCCCCGUCUGGAACCAGCCCCUUCCCCGGCACAAUACCCCGUCCGCCAUGUCUAGUGUCCGCUCUCUCUCCCCUAUCUCCCCUCCUCUAGCUAUCCCCUCUCUUCACCACUACCCCCUCCCCCACUAUCCAUUCUUCAACCCUCUUCCCCUCUAUUACCCCCACUAUCUAACCACUCUACCACGCCCCUCUCUUCCCUAUCUCCCCCCACUCUAUCCCCUGUACAACCCUCCCCCCUCUCUCCCCUUACCCUUCUAUUCCCUCUCCCUCUCACUACUCGUCAACCGAGGUGCGAGAUCCGUGUACCAACUCUCUCACUAACACUUCCUUAACUAACCACCUACCCCUUUCGACAAGCAACAAGUGUUUCUUCAUAUUACUGUUCUUUUUCUUCACAGCAGGACCACUCGAUUGAUAAAUAUAUUCCACUUUGUUUUUGUUUUUUUUCUAGGCAUAACUUCAUAAGCCAGACACGUGUGCAGAGCCCGUGAUGUUUCCUUUGAGUAGGAAAUAAAACGAUAUACUACACGUAA